UAAAAUAUUUUCAAACCCGAACCCCUUCCAACAUUCUCACUUUUAACAUUUGAGUGUGUGUGUGUUUUAUCGGAACCUCUGGGAAAAAACUAUAAAAGGAAUCAAAAAUGUCGGAACCCUCGAAAAAGCUCUUGCCGAGUGAAGAGCACAAAGCGGUGGCCCCGAGCAGGGCCUUCAUGCCCGGGACCAGGACAGCGGAGCAGUCGGAGAAGCUGCUGACCGUGGUGCACGCCUUGUCCGACCUAGUGAACACGGGUCUGAGCCGCGAGUCCCUGAAGAUCUGCACCGAACUGCUCCGGGCCGGGGUCGACGCCAAGUCCCUGACCAAAGUCAUCAAGACCAUUCGGGGCGAGAUGAAGGCAAGCGCUGGUUCGGCGGAGGAGACAGCCAGCGAGGUGUCUCAAGUCCGGAGCAGCCCUGGAAGCGUCAACCAGAAAGCUGUGGAAAAGCCCCCUGCGAAAGAUCACGCGUAGCCACCUUUUUGCAAACACUUUAUUGUUGAAAUUUUGUUAGCCCAAAAUUAAAGCUCAGACGUAAA